GUUCAGAGAGAAGAAAAAACUAGAACGUAUAUAAACCAGGAACGAAACGUCUCUCUCUCCUCGUGGGUUUGAAUUGAAAUUUGAGUUUCUCCGAUGGAGUGAUCGCCGAUCGCCACAGAUUCCGGCGAUGUCGAUGUCACACACCCUCGGCGGCGCGACCCGCUGCGGCCGUGUCCUCGGGCCGUCGCUGGACAAGAUCAUCAAAAACGCGGCAUGGAGAAAGCACACGUACCUGGUCUCCACCUGCAAAUCCGUCCUCGACAAGCUCGAAUCCCUCACCGACGACGACCUCUAUGACCCUUCCUCCUCUGUCUCCGGCCUCUCCGCCGCCGAUGCCGACGCCGUCCUCCAACCCCUCCUCUUCUCCCUCGACACCGCCUAUUCCAAGGUCGUCGAGCCCUCCCUCGAUUGCUUCUUCAAGCUCUUCUCUCUCUCCCUCCUCCGUGGCGAGAUCCACUCCUCGAAGCCCGAUUCGAUCCUCUCAAAGCUCAUCAAUAGCGUCUCUAAGGUCGGGGGAAUGGCCGAGGAGUCGAUCCAGCUCGCGGUUCUUCGCGUUCUCCUUGCCGCGGUUCGAUCCCCUUGCGUUUUGAUCCGUGGAGAUUGCUUGCUUCACGUUGUGAAGACGUGUUACAACAUCUACCUCGGUGGAUUGAGCGGUACGGUCCAGAUCUGCGCGAAAUCGGUUCUUGCACAGAUGAUGCUUGUGAUAUUUACCCGAUCCGAGGAGGAGUCGCUUGAUGUCGAUGUCAAGACCGUUUAUGUCAACGAGCUGUUAACAUUCACGGACAAGACCGUGAAAGAAGGUAGCUCAGUUUACUUCUGUCAGGGUUUCAUUAACGAUGUCAUGGCUGCAGGGCAAGGAAAUCCUGUUCCUCCUGAUGUUGUUCAGUUGCUUCUGCAAAAUCCAACCCCAGAAAUGGUUACAUCUCCGGAUUCGCCAUCUUCCCAUGGCUUCCUGACCAAUGGUGAGGCUGAUUCUGAUGAUGGAAGCGCCAGUAAGAUGAGGGAAGACGCCUUCCUUCUGUUCAAGAACUUGUGCAAAUUGUCGAUGAGGUUUUUGUCUCAAGAGAACACUGAUGAUCAGAUCAUGGUGAGGGGUAAGACAUUGUCUCUGGAGUUGCUCAAGGUCAUUAUCGACAAUGGCGGUCCUGUUUGGCGUUCCAACCAGAGAUUUGUUACCGCAAUGAAGCAAUACUUGUGCCUUUCACUGCUCAAGAACAGUGCUGUCUCCAUUAUGUCGAUAUUUCAGCUUCAGUGCGCGAUCUUUAUGAGCUUGUUGACGAAAUUCAGAUCGGUUCUGAAGGGGGAGAUCGGGAUUUUCUUCCCGAUGAUUGUCCUGCGUGUUCUCGAGAACGUUCUUCAGCCUAGUUUCUUGCAGAAGAUGACUGUCCUGAACUUGCUCGAGAAAAUGUCACAAGACUCUCAGUUGAUUGUGGAUAUAUUCGUGAACUAUGAUUGCGACGUGGAUUCCCCAAACAUAUUCGAAAGGAUUGUCAAUGGUCUUCUGAAAACUGCUCUCGGACCUCCUCCUGGUUCGUCCACUACGCUGUCUUCGGUCCAAGAUAUAACCUUUAGACAUGAAUCUGUGAAGUGUUUGGUUAACGUUAUUAAGACAAUGGGAAACUGGAUGGACCAGCAGCUGAAAGUGGGCGAGACGGUUUGGACAAAGGGCUCACAAAUAUAUGCUUCUGUGGAGAACAGCUCGGUCUCUAUUGGAGAAGAAGGAGUAAUCUCAGACUGUGACUCACAGCCCGAUAUGAACCCCGAGGUGUAUGAUGCUUCUAUGCUGGAGCAGAGGAGAGCUUAUAAAAUCGAACUGCAGAAGGGUGUUUCCCUGUUCAACAGGAAGCCUUCGAAGGGAAUUGAAUUCCUCAUCAGCAGUAAGAAAAUCGGGGGAUCCCCAGAAGAAGUGGCUUUGUUUCUGAAGAAAUCAGUGGGACUGAAUGGAACAGUGAUCGGUGAUUAUCUCGGUGAAAGAGAGGAAUUUCCAUUGAGAGUUAUGCAUGCUUAUGUCGACUCUUUUAAUUUCGAAGGGAUGGAUUUCGCUGAAGCUAUAAGGUUCUUCCUACGGGGCUUUAGGCUACCGGGGGAAGCUCAGAAAAUUGACCGCAUCAUGGAAAAGUUUGCAGAACGCUACUGGAAAUGCAACCCGGAUUCUUUCACGAGUGCUGACACUGCAUAUAUUCUCGCAUACUCCGUGAUAAUGCUGAACACCGAUGCACACAAUAGCAUGGUUAAAGACAAGAUGACGAGAGCUGAUUUCGUCCGGAACAAUAGAGGAAUAGACGACGGAAAGGAUUUACCUGAAGAGUAUCUUGGUUCUCUCUAUGAUCAAGUGGUAAAAGACCAGAUCAAGAUGAACUCUGAUUCUUUAGCUCCUCAGAGCAAUCGAAUAAAUAGUUUUAAUAAGCUCUUGGGUUUGGAUGGCAUUCUCAAUCUGGUUUCUUGGAUGCAACCAGAAGAGAAACCGCAUGGUGCCAACGACCUUCUUAUAAAGCAUAUCCAGGAACAGUUCCACUCUAAGUCUGAGAAAUCGGAGUCUGUUUACCACACAGUUACAGACGUCUCGAUCUUGAGGUUCAUGAUCGAGGUCGGAUGGGGCCCGAUGCUCGCAGCCUUCAGCCUCACUCUCGACCAGAGUGAUGACAAAUUGGCUACUUCUUUGUGUCUACAGGGCUUCCGAUACGCGAUUCAUGUCACUGCAGUUAUGGGAAUGCAAACACAGAGAGAUGCUUUUGUUACUUCCAUGGCAAAGUUCACUAAUCUCCAUUGUGCUGCUGAUAUGAAGCAGAAAAACGUUGAUGCUGUAAAAGCGAUAAUAGCGAUAGCCAUAGAGGAUGGUAAUCAUCUUCAAGGAUCUUGGGAGCAUAUAUUGACGUGUCUGUCUCGGAUAGAGCAUCUGCAAUUGUUGGGAGAGGGCUCACCUGCCGAUACAUCUUACAUACCGACAACAAAAGCCGAGAUAGACGAAAAGAAAGCUUUGGGUUUCCCUCAUUUGAAGAAACGAGGAGCUCUUCAGAAUCCGUCCAUGAUGGCUGUCGUAAGGGGAGGUUCUUACGACAGUACUUUGGUUGGAAAAACAGCUCCGAAACUGGUAACUCAGGAACAGAUCAAGAACUUUAUCGCCAAUUUGAAUCUACUCGAUCAAAUCGGCAACUUUGAGUUGAACCAUGUCUAUGCUCAUAGCCAAAGAUUGAACAGUGAAGCUAUAGUGGCUUUUGUCACAGCCCUUUGCAAAGUUUCGAUGUCGGAACUUCAGUCCCCAACUGACCCUCGUGUCUUCAGCCUUACAAAACUCGUCGAGACAGCGCAUUAUAACAUGAACCGCAUCAGAUUAGUUUGGUCGCGCAUAUGGAACGUUCUCUCCGAUUUCUUUGUAUCGGUCGGCUUGUCAGAGAACCUCUCUGUUGCAAUUUUCGUCAUGGAUUCACUACGACAGCUUUCCAUGAAGUUCUUGGAGCGGGAAGAGUUGGCAAACUACCAUUUCCAACACGAGUUUCUCCAGCCGUUCGUCAUUGUCAUGCAGAAAAGCAGCUCCGCAGAAAUUAGGGAACUAAUAGUUCGUUGUGUUUCUCAGAUGGUGCUCAGCCGAGUUGGUAACGUGAAAUCGGGUUGGAAAAGCGUUUUCAUGGUUUUUACAACUGCUGCGGCUGACGAGAGGAAGAACAUCGUUCUGUUGGCAUUCGAGACGGUAGAAAAACUCGUCCGUGAGCAUUUUCCUUGCAUAACCGAGACAGAGACAACAACCUACAUCAACUUCGUUAAAUGCCUCAUCGCCUUCAUAAACAGCAGGUUUGAAAGCGACAUUUGCCUCGAUGCAAUCACGUUUCUUCGUUUAUGCGCUUUAAAGCUGGCAGAAGGAGGACUUGUCUGGAACGAGAAGAGCAGAUACAACACUUCAAAUCGGAAGGACGAUGCAUCCGAUACGCAGAUUUUUGCCGAAGUGGAUGAGAAACCAUCCUACUGGAUUCCUCUUCUCACAGGCUUGUCUAAGCUAGCCUCUGACCCUAGACGCGGGAUUCGGAAGAGUUCCAUAGAAGUAUUUUUCAAGAUUCUGAUGGAUCACGGCCAUCUUUUCUCGAAACCAUUCUGGUCUAGCAUUUUCAGCUCAAUCAUUUCCCCGAUAUUCAAUAAUGCAUGGACGAAAACCGAUAUUCUCUUCAAAGAAGGCGGCGAUUCUCCAUCCUCGCCUUCUCUCAACACUGAAGACUGUAAAUGGGAUUCUGAAACUUCGACACUUGCAUCACAGCUGCUCGUGAAUCUGUUUAUCAGUUUCUUCGGCGUUCUGAGGUCACAACUCCCGAGCUUAGUGGCAAUCUUGGUAGGGUAUAUAAAGAGGCCGGUUCAGCAUUUUCCCGGCUCGGGAAUCGCCGUUCUGCUGAAUUUAGCAGACGGGUUGGCGAGCAACGUCUCUGAAGAAGAGUGGACGGAGAUUUUUUCGGCACUGAAGGAAGCGGCCUCUCUGACAUUCGCAGGUUUUAUGAAGGUCCUGAGAACAAUGGAUGAUAUCGAUGACGUAGAAACAAUCUCUGGCGAUAGUGUAGACAAAGUCGAACUCGACGAAGACAAUCUGCAGACAAUGUCAUACGUGGUUUCCCGAACAAAGAAUCACAUCGACGUCCUGUUACAGAUCAUUGAGGUUGUCAGUAACUUGUAUCGAAAACAUCAACGGUCGUUCAAGGCGACUCACAUUACGAUCCUCGUUGACGUUCUCUCCUGCAUCGCCUCCCACUCGCAGCAACUGAACGGCGACGUGGUUCUCUGUCGGAAGUUCAAGAGGGCCUGCACUGUUCAAAACCUGUCGGAGCCGCAACUGCUCAGCUUUGAGAACGAAGCUUACGGCUCUUACAUGAACUUCCUCCGGCACAUGACCGACCAUAACCCGAACGUGUCCCGAGAGCUAGACCUCGAGUCACGGCUGGUGGCCGAGUGCACGAAAGUAGUGAAGAUGUACCUGUCGUGCACGGGGAAUCUGCUCUCGCCGCCUUCGAAACAGAGCGUGAGAUGGAUCGUUCCGAUGGAGACGGAGCGGAAAGAAGAGGCGGCGGCGAGAACGGGGCUGCUCAUGUCGGCAUUGGAAGCGUUGUCGGGACUGGAGACGGGUUCGAUGAGGAGGCAUUCGCCGAGCUUCUUCCCGUUGCUGGUGGAUCUGGUCAGGAGCGAGCACUUCUCGCCCAGAGUUCCGUACGUUUUGAGCAAUGUCCUGAAAUCUUGUAUAGGCCCCAUCCUCUUCUAGUCUCCAUUCUCGACCGUCCAGACAGUUUUUCUGUCUUUCCAAACUCGAUCGCUGUUUUUUCUCCCGGAAGCCGUCAGCCGAUAUUAAGUUUUGAACUACAGAGGAUGAAGUAAGUCCUCAAGAAUAAAAGAACGUUUAUUUUGGUUAAAAAUAGAAA